UCAAACAGCCAAACCCCAGUUAUGUGCUAAAUCUGCACACACCCCAGUACUUUCUCAGCACAUUUAUGAUCCAAUAUUUUUCAGAAAAGUAUCCAAAGCCAGCUGGAGAAAUUGAAAACCCCAUCCCUUUAAUUAUGAAGAGAAAAUUGCGUACAAUUUUACAUGAUACCAAGUCACAGGUGUGUUUAUGACCAACUGGGAUACUGUGGAUGAACAUGGAGUCUGCAAUGCAGAGAAAGACUGUGAGGAUGCUUACAGGGUCUGUCAGAAACUGGAUAUCCCAUUUCACCAAGUUUCAUAUGUAAAAGAGUAUUGGAUGGACGUUUUUAGUUAUUUCUUGAAUGAAUAUGAAAAAGGAAGAACGCCAAACCCUGACAUUUUAUGCAACAAGCAUAUCAAAUUUAAUUAUUUUCUCAACUAUGCUUUAGAUCAUUUAGGAGCUGAUGCGAUUGCCACUGGACAUUACGCAAGAACAUCACAAGAGGAUGAAGAGGUAUUUCAGCAAAGAUAUAUCAGGAGUCGGCCAAGUCUCUUUAGGAACAGAUUUGAAGUUAAAAACGAUGUUAAGCUUCUUCAAGCAGCCGAUCGUUUUAAAGACCAGACCUUCUUCCUUAGUCAGAUUUCCCAGAAUGCACUACGUAAAUCAUUGUUUCCGCUUGGAGGGUUAACUAAAGAAUUUGUAAAAAAGAUGGCUGCUGAAGCUGGAUUUCAUCAUGUCUUAAAGAGGAAAGAGAGUAUGGGUAUCUGCUUCAUUGGUGAGCGGAAUUUUGAGAACUUCAUUCUUGAGUAUUUAGAACCCAAGCCUGGUAACUUUGUAUCAAUGGAGGAUGGAAAAAUCAUGGGGAGACACAAAGGUUGGUUUUUAUUCACGUUGGGCCAGAGGGCAAGAAUAGGAGGCCUGCGAGAUGCAUGGUUUGUCGUGGAUAAGGACGUGACAACAGGUGACAUCUUUGUGGCACCAAACACAGAUCAUCCAGCUCUGUACAGAGACCUGCUGCGGACAGACCGUGUGCACUGGAUCUCAGAGGAUCCCCCUGCUGAGCUAGUAGCAAACAAGAUGAUGGAGUGUAAUUUUAGAUUCCAGCACCAGAUGGAGCUAGUGCCAUGUGUGCUGACUCUGAACCAAGAUGGAACCGUAUGGGCUACGUUAGUGCAGCCAAUCAGGGCUCUAACCCCCGGGCAGUUUGCAGUCUUCUACAAAGGUGAAGAAUGCCUCGGAAGCGGGAAGAUUAUGAGAUUGGGCCCAUCUAUAUAUACCUUGCAACAGGGCCAGAAGACGAUGAAAUCUGCAGCAAAUGUGUCGACAGAGACUAUUAAGGGGAUAGAUCCAGUAACUUGACUGCCUCAAUUUUCCAGCUAAUUGGGAGAAUUCUGUGAAAUCAGAGCCAAGAAAUUAUGGAGGAAGGAAAGCACACACUGUCUCUACCAUAAUUAACGGACAAGUUCUGACAGACUUUGACUGGCGAACUACCUCCUAGGCAUCUUUAUGAACAAUGAUUGAUUGUAUACAAGGGAAGAUAUGGGCAGGCAUUAGAACAAUGGAAACUGAGAGAGAAUAGAUUUCUAUAGUAGAUUAAAUUACACUAUUUUAUUGCAAACAAAAAGAAUUAAAGUAUAUACAUUGGUAUACUA